ACCUCUUCCACUAACAGGCUCUCACUCGCGAUAUAGCUCCUCACAGCUUGCAAGAAGAGUGACCCAGUAGAGUAGAGCUCAAGCGACAAAGAGCCCCUCUUCGUAGGACUGUUCAGAGAAACCGGGCUCAAAAAAGCAGGGCUCGGAUCCUGUAACGCCCUGCGUAUAGUUCUCUGGCUUGACAUUAGUUCCCGCACCAACUUGGACAGCACUCGAUUUCGGGCGAAAGAUGAUCUCUCUACUGCAUGUGAUGUCCUACGCGGGGGCUCUUGCGGCUUUUCUGUUUGUGACGCUGUCACUCGCUUCCGGCUUGUUAUGGCUCGCAGAGCUGAUAGAGGAACACUCCAAGUUUGCAAAGGUGAUUGGCAUGCGUGCAAUCUACGUCAUCAUUGUCCUCCACGUCAUCCUCAUCUUCACUGACUCCCUUCCAAUCUUACCCACCCUCCUAUCCAUCACGGCCCACCUCGUCUACCUCACCAACUUUACACCCACAUGGCCAUUCAUCUCUUUGACAUCGCCCAAGUUCAUCGCUUCGUGCAUCCUCGUCGUGGCCGACCACUUUACCUGGUUCUUCCACUUUGCAGCGAAGGCUCAAGAAGCCAAAAGAUUCCGCGGCGCAAGGUAUCGAUAUGGGUCCAAUGGGAAGAAUGAUGAGGGACCAGUCUUCAUUGACGUCGCUGCUUUCUUUGCGAUCUGCGUCUGGGCAGUGCCUCUGUUUCUGUUUUUGAGCCUAAGCGCGAAUGAUAAUGCCCUGCCGUCGUUUGGUGACGCCUCGGCUCCCCCAUCACCCUCUGGACGCCACAUCGAUCUCUCGACCCCUGGCGGUACUCCUGUUGGACCCUCUCAUCGCCAAAUACGAGCCCAAAGUUCCACCUCACUCGUCAAAUCUCUGCUUGUCCCUCUCGUUUCUCUCCUUCCCCGUUUGAGAUCCCGGAGGAAGAACGACGAAGGACUCAUUGCGCCUCGUACCCCUAUUCGUGGCUCCCCCGUCCAUUCGCCAAUAGCCAUGCCACAAUCAUACUUCCCUUGGGACGGCAAUUCGCCUAAUCUGUCCUCGACCAAUUCCCCGCGAUUGGGCUCUCUGAACCCCGACGUCGCUCGCACAAUGUCACGGACACCGCCUCCCCCGAGACGUGUUCAGAGUGAUGCGUUCGUUCAUGGAACAGGGCUGAAUCCAAGAGGAAUAGCGACGAGAGAUGGACGGCCCGUAUUCCCUGAUUCCGGUAUCGCAGGUGAAGAUAUUACUGUUGAUGGAGUCUCGAAACGCUUGGGAUUGGGAGGUCUGGGAAUAGGACAUGUCGGCACAUCUUCGCCCGGCCGAUCGGCCAGUAGCAGCGCUCGUAUGGAGUCUCCUUCCAUGAGCCUAGGCUCUUCGGGAGCCGUGGGCAAUGCAGAAAUCGUGGAUGCUGGCGUGACGAAACGAAAGAAUGAUUAAAAUGAAAGAAAUCAAGGGGGAGGAGGAAUAGGAGGAGGAGUAAGGGGACAUUCUGUAUCUUUUAUCUGUGCAUUACAUGGC